UGAUUUUUCGGUUCAAAUUCUUGAUGCUGAUCACAUUAGCUUGUGCUGCCAUGACAGUAAUAUUUUUCAUUUUCAGUCAGGUGACUGAAGGUCACUGGAAAUGGGGCGACUUUACAUUUCAUUGGAACAGUGCCUUUUUCACAGGGAUUUAUGGAAUGUGGAACCUUUAUGUCUUUGCCCUGAUGUUCCUGUAUGCACCUUCCCAUAAAAAGUACGGUGAAGAUGAGUCAAAUGGUGAUUUGGGAGUUAAUACUGGAGAAGAACUUCAGCUCACUACUACUAUCACUCAUGUGGAUGGACCAACCCAGGUUUACAAAUUGGCUCGCAAGGAAGCCCAGGAAUAAUCACUUCAGCACAAUUUUACUUGUGCCUAAAUACAAAUUAGACAGCAUGAUGGUAGUAUUUUCCUGCAAGGAUUUGUUUGGAAUCGUCUGAAGGGUGCAUUGCAGAAAAUAAUGAAAAUGAUGACUAUCUGUCAAGAACUAAUGGGAUGCUUAUUAUCCAUGUAUCUUUCUUGGGGAGAAUCUUCUGUCAAGUUUGAAUUCUUUUAAUUCUUCGUCUUGAGCAAUCUUCCCCAAUCUCAAAAUAUGUUGGGUGCACAAUUCCCACAGCC